AUGAAUAACACAGUUUUUAAUGUUAGCAUGAAGAUCAAUGAGACAGACCCUUUCAAAAUAUUAAACAUAACGAGAAAGGCAGCUGCUAAUGGUACUGCAGAAACAGUGAGCGACCUUCAUCUUCCCCUUGUGCUGCUUGGUGUUCUGUCGAGUUUUAUUAUUGCCGCAAAUUCUUUAGUUAUUGUUUUGGUUUACAAAAACAAGCAAUUGCAAACAGUCACGAACUUGUACUUAGCUUGUCUCGCCUCGUCCGAUCUGCUGUCAGGGCUUGUUGCCAUACCUUUAAUAUUCGCUUGCAAUCUUAUGCCGAUUGCACACAGCAUGGUGGCUUGCAUAGCUAUGGAUCUUACAUCACGAUUUAUCGCUUUUUCCACGAUUCUGCACCUCGUCAUUGUCACGUUUGAACGUUAUGUGAUGAUAAUUCACCCAAUGCAUUACCACAGAAUAGUGUCCAAGAAAAGAAUGGCCGCCUCAGUCAUCAUUAUCUGGGGAUUUUCUUUAACUGCAUCCCUUAUUCAGCUUCUUUGGAUUAACCUUGAUCAGUCCAAACUAACCGUGACUGACGAGCGAUACAUAGAUAAGGUAUACAGCUAUAACUGUUUUGUAUGGCUUGUGGCCUUACCUUCAAUCCUCCUUGGGGUCGUCUACGUUCGAAUUUUCCAAGCCCUGCGAUAUCAACUAAAGAAAAUUCGUCGGCAAGUGUCGCAUAUCACAAGCUCAAGGCGCGUGAGACACAAGCGUGGACAAAAGCGAGCUGUCACCAUUUUUGCCUUGAUGAUUUUUGCGUUCAUCCUGGGCUGGUUUUCAUACUUCUUUAGUGGAAUUCUUCAUGAUGAGGAUGUUGAAAUCAACAUUCCACCCGCUGUGAACAUAACUCUAUUGUUUUUUAGGUUUGGAACCUCGCUUUUCAACCCACUUUUAUACACCUUGUUUAAGGAGGAUUUUAAAUCUGCUUUGAAAUCGUACUUUUACAAAUAUCAACAAAACUGGUUAGAUGAAAUUCCAUUGAGUACCAGCGCUGGCUCGUGUAGAAAAUAUGAUGCUUGA